AUGCCCAGUCUAAUCGAACUGCAGUAAACGACGCGUUAACAAAGCGCGAUAAAAUCAUAAAACAAAAUUUGGAAACUGUGUUUUAAAUUGAUUUAUUUAACCCAAAGGAUACAAAAAACAGCAACAAAAUGAAUUGCCUAGCUGCAACUUUAAAUUUUCUACUAUAUCUAAUUAAUAUAGUGUUUUUGAUCGUCGGCAUUCUGUUGAUUGUGCUGGGGUCCAUUAUGCUCUCGCACAUCAAUCAGUUCUAUGGCAUAGAAGAACUGGUAGAGACCAAUGCCAUUCCCAUAUGCAUAACUGUUCUGGGCGUGCUCAUCUUUAUCGUUUCCUUCUUCGGCUGCUGUGGCACUUGGCGUCAGAGUGCCUGCUUGACCGGCACGUAUGCUACGCUGAUGUUUAUACUCUUUUUGCUGCAAUUAGUACUCACCUGCUGGGUGGCUGUCAAUCGUCAGGGCUUCCUGAACGAUAUGCGUGAUCUGGUGAACACAAUUUGGGCGGAGAACGAUGCGGCUAACGAUUACCCAAUGGGUGCAAUUGAGCUGACAUUCAAUUGCUGCGGUGACACCAACUACUUGGACUAUAACACCAGAAACCAGACGGUGCCUGGCACUUGCUGUGGCUACACCAAUCGCACUCAGUACUGCUCUCCAGCAAUCUAUGAGAAUCUUGAGGGAUGCAAUGCUAAGUUUGAGAGCUUUUGGGUGAACAACACGGAUCUCAUUCGUUGGUCGGGCCUGGGCAUCUGUUUAUAUGAGUUUAUCGUCUUCUUGCUUGCUGCUGCUUUGACCCAUUCAAUGCGCAAAUCAAAUUCAGGCAGACAAGUUUCGGCUUAGAUGAUGAGGAGUAGCUAAAGCUGUUGAACUUUAUAAUGCAUUGAUUAAUUGAGUUAUUUAAUAAAUAUUAUUACCUAGA